UGCUCCUAGCGUCGUCACCUUGCAAGCACAGAAGUCACCUUCCAACCUCUGCGACUUUAUGCCCCUGUCAUUAGCUACUAUACCAUUGAGUCCCGUGCUCAUUUACAGGUUAAAGGCAUUGCCUUAUUCUAACAAACACAUCGUGUGUGAAAGAUUGUGUAUUUGAUUCAGCGUUCACUGUCAAAAAUCUGCGGUCCACUGAUCGGUGUUGGUCAUAAGGGAGGAGGAGUAGGCGCGAGUCCACACCGCACAUCGUGAUCAUUGUAGCCUACGGAGCUAGAGGUCUACUCUGCGUCCGUGUGUGGAAUUAACCCAGCGCACAGACUGGCUGGUGAUGAGGUUCGUCGUGUACACUCGACAGAGCAUUGACAGAAUCCCUCUCGAGCUGAAGAAACCGCCCCAAUAAGGACACAAGCAAGAGGGGAAGAGCAACCGAAGAGCUGGUCUCGGCUGGAACGCUGUCAUUUCGGCAAGAAUGCAUCUCUUCAGUGCCAUGUUCCUACUAGUGAUGUUAGCUGCCAUGUCCAGUGAGGCUAUCUAUCCUAGCCCAGAGGAGGGCUGGCAGAUCUACAGUUCAGCUCAGGAUGCAGAUGGGAAGUGUAUCUGUACAGUGGUGGCCCCGGCCCAGAACAUGUGUAACCGAGACCCACGCAGUCGGCAGCUCCGCCAGCUCAUGGAGAAGGUCCAGAACAUCACCCAGUCCAUGGAGUUGCUGGACCUGCGGACCAACAGGGACCUUCAGUAUGUGAGGAACACAGAGAGCCUGAUGAAGGCUGUAGAUGUCAAGCUGAAGACUGCCUCAGACAACCCCCGAAGCCUCAACCCCAAGAGCUUACAGGAGUUGAAGGACAAGGUGACCCAGCUGCUCCCCCUACUGCCGGUGUUGGAGCAGUACAAGACUGAUGCCCGUCAGAUCAGCCGGGUGAGGGAGGAGGUGAGGAACCUGUCGCUGGUGCUCAUGGCCAUCCAGGAGGAGAUGGGAGCCUACGACUACGAGGAGCUGAGACACAGGGUCCUGCUGCUGGAGACCAGGCUCCACUCCUGCAUGCAGAAACUGGGCUGUGGGAAGUUGACCGGCGUCAGUAACCCCAUCACCAUCCGUGCGUCAGGGUCAAGAUUCGGCUCCUGGAUGACUGACACCAUGAUCCCUAGUUCAGACAACCGGGUGUGGUCCAUGGAUGGCUACUUUAAAGGUCGUCGUGUCCUGGAGUACCGCACCCUAAACGACUUCAUGAAAGGCCAGAAUUUCGUACAGCACCUGCUGCCCCACCCCUGGGCGGGGACCGGCCACGUGGUCUACAACGGCUCUCUGUACUACAACAAGUACCAGAGCAACAUCAUCAUCAAGUACCACUUCAGGUCCCGCAGUGUUCUGGUGCAGCGCAGUCUCAGUGGGGCCGGCUACAACAACACCUUCCCCUACUCCUGGGGAGGUUCCUCAGACAUCGACCUGAUGGCAGACGAGAACGGCCUGUGGGCCGUCUACACCACCAUCCCCAACGCCGGCAACAUCGUCAUCAGCCGCCUGGAGCCGCAGAGCCUGGAGGUGCUGCAGACGUGGGACACAGGGUUCCCCAAGCGCAGCGCCGGAGAGUCUUUCAUGAUCUGUAGCACGCUGUACGUCACCAACUCCCACCUGGCCGGGGCUAAGAUCUACUUCGCCUACUACACCAACUCCUCUAGCUACGAGUACACAGACAUCCCCUUCCAUAACCAGUACUCCCACAUCUCCAUGAUGGACUAUAACCCCAGGGAGAGGGUGCUGUACACCUGGAACAACGGACACCAGGUGCUCUACAAUGUCACUCUGUUCCAGGUCAUUAAGACCGCUGGGGACUAGAAACACCAGGGGUGGCUGGUGUUAUUUUACAUCGGAGGAUGGGCCUAUUGUAAUGUUUCGGAAUGGAAUGAAUGGAACGAUAUCAAACAAGCAUUCCAUUGAUUCCAUUCCAGUCAUUGCUAUGAGCCGUCCUCCGUUCACAAGCCUCCAGAGACACCCCGAGCUAGCCUGGUCUCGGGUCUGUUGUGCUGUCUUGACAACUCCUAGUGUGACAUUGACCAUAUGUGUUGGAAAGAUAGCACAGAUCUGGGACCAGGCUAACACAGAGGCAGAGUCAGACCGAACACACAACAAAACUAUAAUGCUGUUAUGGAGAGGGGUGGGGGGGGCAGGCAGAUGGAUGGAUGAACGGAAGGAGGCUUGGACUUUUUUAAAGCAUUUCAAUCUUCUUCAUAGACUGCUGUUAUUCAUUCAGAAAAAAUACACUCCGACAGCAAGGUCAGUAAAUAUAUAGACUGGGCGAGACUUUCUGAUUUUCUUUUCUGUGAUGAGUAAGCAUGGUUCUUUUUAUUUGUGAUGAGAAAUAAAUAUCAACCUUUACCAU